AUGGCAUCUGAACUGGAAGCAUAUGUUGGUCGCAUGGUGAAUGUUAUAACAUCAGAUGGACGAACAAUUGUGGGUACUUUAAAAGGAUUCGAUAAUGUUGUCAAUCUUGUCAUCAAGGAUAGUCAUGAAAGAGUUUUCAGUCCAACAGAAGGUGUUGAACAAGUUCCCUUAGGUUUAUUUAUUAUUCGUGGACAGAAUGUAGCUGUAGUUGGUGAAAUUGAUGAAGAUUUGGAUAGACGAAUUGAUUUUUCACAACUGCGCGCUGAACCUUUGAAUCCUGUUGUACACUAA